AUGUCUGACAACGACAUCGUGAUCAGCGGUAUUUCCGGUCGGUUCCCCUUAUCGGACAACACCGACGAGUUGGCUAAGAAUCUGUACGAUAAGGUGGAUAUGAUUACGGGGGACGACACCCGGUGGCCAUCGGACUUAUACGACUUGAACCCACGGAUGGGAAAGAUAAUGGACUUCAAUAAGUUUGACUCCACUUUCUUUGGGCUUAUGGAGCAAAUGAUGAAUGAGGUCGACCCACAGGCCCGGAUGCUCCUGGAGGUGGUGUACGAGGCUAUUGCCGACGCAGGAAUUAAUCCCCAGGAUCUCCGCGGUAGUCGUACGGGUGUAUACGUAGGUGUGUCCAUAUACGCCAACACCCAGGGCUAUCCCGAGGACAUACAGCCUGACAUCAGGACCAAUUUGCAGGGCACGACCCUCCAGUUCAUGUCCAACACCAAGACUUUCUAUGCGAGUCGCAUAUCAUUCGUGUUUGACUUCAAGGGUCCGUCGAUGAUAGUGGACACCGCCUGCUCGGCCAGUCUCUCGGCCACCACUUUGGCUGUUAAUGAUAUGAAACUCGGCAACGUGGACAGUGCCAUCGUGUGCGGCACUCAUAUGGUGUUCGAGCCCUUCGUACUACAGUUCCAACAGGAGUCGGGUUUGUGUUCGCAGAGGGGAGUGGCAGCCGUACUGGACCAGGACGCCGACGGUUUCGUGAAAGGGGAGGCCGUGUGCUGUACUUUCCUACAACGGCGCCGACAGGCCCGCCGAGUGUACGCCACCGUAUUGGCCGCCAAAAUGAAUAUCGACGGCAAUAAGACUAUAGGGAUGUUCUUUCCAUCGGCUGAGGCACAGGAGGAGCUCAUGAUUGAGACCUAUAAGGAGGCUAAUGUCGACCCCCUCGACCUAACCUACUUCGAGGCCCAUUGCACCGGCACUAAGGCUGGCGAUCCUCAAGAAUUAAAGGCCAUAUACAACGCCUACUGCAAAGGGCCGGGACGUGAGGCGCCGUUACCUCUGGGUGCGCUUAAGAGCAAUAUAGGCCACACGGAGGCCGGUUCCGGAACGGCAGCUAUUAUUAAGGUGUGCAUCGCUUAUGAGAACGAAUGCAUUCCCGCCAAUUUGAAUUUGACCAAGAUCAAGGAUGAAUGUGCUGUGUAUUGUCCACCAUUAUCACCGAUCAAUGACACGUUACCAUAUACGCCUGGUUUGGUUGGGGUGAACAAUUUUGGUCUAGGUGGUGUGAACGCCCACGUAUUAAUGAAACCGAACUAUAAGUUGGUGACCAAUGAUGGCUUAAGAAUAGCACAAACUAUACCCAGAAUUGUCAACAUUUGCGGCCGAACUCAGCAAUCAGCCAAACCAUGA